AUGGGUUCCCAGAUUGGUGUUCUUGUGCACGACUUUGAUACUGAAAGCAGGGUCUGCUUCAGAGGCUCAACGCUGGUCAUAUGGUAUCGCACAUGGUCGUCCUCUGAGCAUCUUUUCCCUGUUAUCAGGCUGAACUCCAUCGAUGUCAAGUACCAGAUCUGGAAGCUGGGGGUUGUAUUCACAGACAAUUCCUCCCUGUAUCUGGCCUGGUAUAUGACCAUGUCCAUCCUGGGUCACUAUAACAACUUCUUCUUUGCUGCCCAUCUGCUCGACAUCGCCAUGGGCUUCAAGACACUCCGAACCAUCCUGUCCUCAGUCACUCACAAUGGCAAACAGCUGGUGUUAACAGUUGGCCUGUUAGCAGUGGUGGUGUACCUCUACACAGUAGUGGCCUUCAACUUCUUCAGGAAGUUUUACAACAAGGGUGAAGAUGGAGAACUGCCAGACAUGAAGUGCGACGACAUGUUGACAUGCUACAUGUUCCACAUGUAUGUAGGCGUGAGAGCAGGUGGAGGAAUUGGUGACCAGAUUGAGGACCCAGCAGGUGACGAGUAUGAGAUCUAUCGCAUCAUCUUUGACAUUACCUUCUUCUUCUUCGUCAUUGUUAUCCUCCUGGCCAUCAUCCAGGGGUUGAUCAUUGACGCUUUUGGGGAACUGAGGGACCAGCAGGAACAAGUGAAAGAAGACAUGGAGACCAAAUGUUUCAUCUGUGGGAUAGGUAAUGACUACUUUGACACGGUGCCACAUGGCUUUGAAACGCACACGCUACAGGAGCACAACCUUGCCAACUAUCUAUUCUUUGUGAUGUAUCUCAUCAAUAAAGAUGAAACAGAGCACACAGGCCAGGAAUCUUACGUAUGGAAGAUGUACCAGGAGCGUUGCUGGGAGUUUUUCCCUGCUGGUGACUGUUUCCGGAAACAGUACGAGGAUCAGCUCAACUGAUCUGUUCUUGGAGCAACAAACUCUUCCCUUCCAUACUGUAACCUGUUCAAGGCCCUCUAAAGCCAUCUUUCCGUUGCUUCUCCCUCAAACCUUUCUUACUGUUCUCUAAGGAGUCCCUGUUCUACCGAACAACAGGUUCUACAUUCGACUCCAUUUCCCAGUAGAGGAACCACAUCUCCAGCCUCCUCAACAGGCCCCACCCUAAGCUCUUGCUGGCUCUUCCUCAUCCAGGCACUCAACUCGCCAGCUCUGCCCCAACUUCCAGCACACUUUGUUUGGAAUGCUUCUAACUCUGACUUUGUACAUAGAAAAUAUCAGAGUAUAUGCUAUACAAUACGGGACUGGUGGCACGUCAAGGUUUUUAGCUCAGAUGAUGACUUCUUUGCUUUAUCCUAUUCUACAUUCACAGUAACAAGCAAAAAAUACUAAGGGAUACUGGAGAAAAGGAAAAAGGAAGGACGAGAUGGACGAGGGAGGAGAGUGGAAGGAAAAUGAAGAGAGAAUUCUUCCUGAAAGACUUUCAGGACUGACCGAUACACAAAGACACAAACAUGACUUUUCAUGUGUACAAUGCACGUUGCAUGUAGGUACAGCAAAAAAGGAGCACCUGUUCAACCCUGCUGUGAUCCAACACAACAGCUCUGCAAUAAUCGGACCUUUGAGAAGCUUACAUGUCAGCUUUUGUUAAAGACUGUCAAAGAGGUGAGGGAUUCCAUUAAACUCUUUGUGGUACAUGUGAAGUGGGAAGAUAUAAGGUGCCUCUAAAUAAUAAUCUAAUGCAACACCACCAAACUUCAGUCUCUGACAUUACCAGAGUCGAAUCAACACUUCUGUGACACUGUCAACUAAAACUGAACAUCCUGAUCUUCACAAAUAGGGCUGUUGUACUGGAUUUAAUUAAAGUAUAGUUUACAGAUGUUAAUAUUGUGUCCAUACCCUGUACAUGCCAACACUGUGUGUGAAGGGCUCCUUAACUAAGUGUUCACAUUGCUAGCACCAUGAUCAAAAGUGCAUUUUGUUCCAGUGGAGCUCAGUGACCUGGGAACUCAGCCAAAGUAUGGACAUCAACAAGUCAUAAUCCUCCAUGAGCUUGCAAGUUAUCUACAUCUCUUUUUUUCUUUUAAAAGACUACAUAAAUAAAUAAAUCCCCAAAACUAUGUUUUCAAAAUGGUUAAAUUCAUCUUUCUUGUAUGUGAUUUUUUUGCCCAGUAGCAGCAUGGCCUUGGGAUAGAGAUUUCUGUCUGUCCAGCAGUCUGGUCCAGAUCACAAUAGGUGGGCAACUACUGGUCAGGUUGCCAUGAAAGUUACUGAGCACAUGACCUGAUGCCACCAUUCAGGCAAACUUUUCAUCCUGCUUCUGGUCAAGGCUCUAAGAAGAGCGAAAAAGGUCAGCAUGUUUGUUCUGUGCAGUAGUAUUGUGGUGUGUAAGAAACAUCACAGCUCUAGGUGUCACUAGUUAAGACUUUUUUCAAUUAAUGCUACUUAACUGGGGCUUGCUCGGUACAUUAGUUAAUGAAACAAUGAAGUUUUAUUACAAAAAGCAAUACCAAAGCGGCAAAAAAAAAAGAGAUUUGUCCGUUUCAGACUUUAUUGCUGCAGACAAAGUUAUCGCGUGCUUGUUAGCUAAGAUAAAUAAUCAACCAGACUGGAGCAACCCAUCAGUCACAGCUGGAGGACGGGCUGAAGACACAUGAUCAAUGUGGGGAUAGGAGAACGGGGGGUAUAGUGCCUUACUAAGCCAGGGGUAAGUUAUGCAAGCUGGAGGAGGAGAAGAGAGGAAUGUCGGAGAGCCUCACAUAAAUACAAUGCAAAGACUGAGGAUGACUCCUAGAGCAGGGUGACUGUGGUGAUGUUUAUGAAAGACGGAAACACCACCAUGUGUGAGCACUAUAGGAAAGUAGAAAUAGAAGGUCAGAGAGAGAAAUGCCCUCAGGACUUUGUUGUUGGGAGUAUAACAUGACUGACAUGCCUCAAUGGUCCUUGAGCAGCUGCGGUGCACACCUGUGUACAAGUGUCACAUUUGACAUAAUUUCACAUUUCAGUUGCGCUUAUAUUGUAGCUUUGUGCAGUGAAAAAGGGGGUGUGACAAUUAAAACAAAUGUACAGUUAAUUGUGUUUUAAUCAAUUCUGUUUGAAUAUAAAGUACUGUUCAAUGAACUUUAAACUGUCUUGAAGAGACAGCAGCAGCAAAUGAGGAUUGGAAAUUGAGUGGGGAUGUUGAGUAUUGCGUGGAGUAUGUUGUUAGGUUCAAGAACCUCUCGAAACUGGGGGAAACCGCACGUGGUCCAGCCUUGCAAGAAGUCAGCCGGUUUCAAUUAUAAUCAAAAGUAUUUAAUACUACACAAGCUAAAACAAUUGCAAAGUGAAGUACACUAUUUACAGAUUCUAUAGAUAUAUAUUUACAGCAUCGAUAUAGAAAUAUGAUCCGCGUGGAAAAGCAGUCAUACAUACCACCUGGAUGACAAUGAGAUGAACAGGAAGAACAAUUAUCAAGCUGUUUCUGAAUUUCCUUAUAUAGUUCGUAAAAAGUCAAAAUGUCCGUCUUAGUUUGGCGCAGGGGGUGGAGCUCCUUCUGCGCGUCCCUGUAAAUGCCUGUCUGACCCUUGGCUAUUCUACACAGUUUAAUACAUCUUUUAUGUAAUACGUCUUUUAUGGCUUAACACUUAUAUGGUAAACAUACAUGUAAACAAAUUCUACUAAGAAACUCUUCUAACUAUAAAUUCUAAAACACACUUCUAAUCAUAAAUCUUAAAACACUUCUAAUUAUAAAUCUUAAAGCACACUUCUAAACCUAAAUUUCCUACAAUGUCACUAGGGGUAGCUAUGUAAUAAGAGAAUCCGCCACUUUCCUCAUAGUGAGUAUAGUAUUGUGCCACUUGUCCAGAGUAGAUGGCUUCUUCCUUUGAACAAAAGCAUUCAAUUCGUUUGGGUGGCUCUAUAUACACUAACAGUUACAAGUGUAUUAGGUACACCCAAGCAGCAACCUCCAGGUUUGAAAAAGGAAGCCAAUGCAGAUGUGCAGUUCCUUGAAUGGCCACUUGAGGCUGGCUGCAAAACGAGUCAAUCGUAUCCCCAUGUUAAAAUGCCCAACUUUACAGCAGAAAGAAACAUCUUUACAGUCUGCUACAAAGAACUGUUUUGGUCUCUGUAACUAAUUUCCCUGUUAAUGUAACUGUACAGGGGGGGUGAAUUUGUAUUUAACUCACCCGUUUUAAUUGUCAUACAUAAUUAAGGGUGUGGAUGCUUUAGGUGACAGGCUGCCACCAGAGUCGGCUGGUCAUUUUAUCAAGUAGUUUUCCUCCAGCCAAAAUCAGCAUCCCAAUCAAUAUCACACUUAAUGUGAAUUACGGAUGCACCUUGCUAACCAAACUAGCUAGGUGACGCUAGCUAGUUGUACCUGGCCCGACUGAGCCUUGCUCCUCUCCAGCUCCAAACUCUUGUCUAAAUAUGGUCGCUUCUGAUUCCAAAAAGCAAGAUGGUGAUGGCCAAAAUGCAAAACUUGCAAGUGGAGAUAAUAAACUGGCAACUGAGUGUAUAUAUUGCAAUAUACUUGUUGAAUCUACUGCUGAACAAGCUCUGUUUGGGAUGGCUGUUUGGGAUGGCUGUUCCAACAGCAUGAACGGUUUCCAUAACACUAAAGAAUAUUGACACGUUCUGUAGUUAUCUUGUAGCCUCGCUUUCACUAUGCAAUUCUGUCUGCCAUUGGGUCCUGAUCUCCCAGGAAAAUCAAGGCUCAAGGGCCGCCGCAGCAAAAUGUAGGAUAUAUAACUGAAAAACAGGGUGUUUUACUCUGCCGUUAUCAUGGCACUGUGAUCGGGUUUUGUAGUUCAAAUUGAGAUUAUUACGGCUGUUUCAUGCUUUGGACAGUAGCCAGGCUGGCUAACGCUAGCAGCCAGAAAACCAACCAGGAGCUACAAGGAGGCCAAGACUAACUAGCUUUAGCUUGGGUUAGUCAUAUUGCUAACACACUAAUUAACACAAACACCAGCAGCCACAAACAAAAAUAUACGAUUCAUUGUCCCUUUGAUAAUCCGAACAAGGCCUUUCUAAAAUGAGCAGUGGUGAAACAUAAUACCAAUUGGAAGCUGUGGGGGUCCCUUCGGUGAAAGGUUGUCUUGUGCCUCUUAAAAGAUGGAUUAAUGGUGUUACCAUACUGUAUAUCCCUCCGCUCUGUCUUGUGCAAUAUAGGAGUCAACAUUGAGAGACAGCAAUCCAUUAUCCAUGACAGUAUGCUCAUUGUUUUUCCUACUCUGUACUUUAAUUGUUACACCCCUCACUGCAAAGCAGGAAGACUGUGUAUAAAGUGGAAGAAAAGCGCAAAUCUGCCAUAGCACACAUUUCAUGACUUACAAAGUUUGACCUUUUAGGAUUUGGGUGUACAAACAAUGGCCAAAUGAAACAAUAACACCAGGAACAAAAUAGUCUAUUUAAGCGUCAUUAUUAUUGUAGUAAUGAUUAUUUUCCUUUUCUUUUUUACUCAUUCAUUCCUUAUGAAUGAAUAAGGAAUGUGUGGUGUGGUGAUGUGUGUGGUGAUUGAAUGAAUGCCCAUAGCUGGCAAACAUUUAACAAACAUGUCCUGGAAACAUUUUCAAAAAAGGAUUGUUUAUCUGAAGUUUUUUUUGUUGAUUGUUUUUGGUGAUGAUCUCAUGCAAUACAGCAAAGAGAGUUACUCUGUUUGUAUGGACAUUCUCCAAAAAGGUAUAUCUUGAAAAAAUGCCAUUGCAUGAUUAUUAUGCGGGCUUGAUUAACAGAUAUAUCAAAAACACUAAAUCUGUGUCACCCAUAAAUUGUUAAAUAGGAUUAUUUAAGAUUUCUGUAUUAUUGUAUUUAAGUGUUGUGGGCUUCAUUGUAACUCUUCAAGUGGCUCCUGCUUUUCUCUCACUUCUCCAUCUCUGUUUAAAUAUACUAUGAGUCAAAUAUUUGUUUAAGUAUCAUUUGGUUUUAAGCUCAAGCAAUAGCCCUUCAGGGAGUGUAUGGGAGGUGACUGACCAUUGUAAAUUGCAAACAAAGGCAAAAAAAAAAGCUUGCUUAACUUUGUCUCAGUUUAAAAAACAAUUAUUUAUUCAUUUAUAACCUAUGUAUUUAUUUACUUUAAUAACAUAAAUAGAUAUAUGAAUAAUAAAGGCAGGGAAAUAAAUGGGGUCCUAUUUUGUAACACUUUUACUGGCUCGGCAUGCACUCUGCAACACAAGUGGCCAUCGGUGAAGCGUAUGAAAGAUGGAUUGAGCUUCAGACUCUACAAUACUUCAAUAGUGAUGAAUUUGGAUCAUGUAAAGUGUUUAAUAUUUAACAAGACAUUAUGAAAUAAAUAAUCAAAUAAAUAAAUAAAUACAAACAUGAUGUAUAAUAUAACCACGACUUUUUGAGACAAUCAAAUACAGUUUUAAAAGUCAGCUAAUUUUUAUGAAGUGAUAUUUGAUCCAGGGGCAGAGCUUCAGACAGAAGUAACAACCAAUCACAUGACUGGAAAUUUCAUGGUUAUAUGUUUUGUCUAUAUGUUUUAAUCAUAUUUAUUUAAUACCGUUUUAAAUAUUAACCAUUUUGGGUGUCAAUAAUCAACCUGCAGUAUGAUGCAGUUAGCCAAAUAAGCUUCCUGCCUAAUGUUUGCUUUUGCUUUAUGUUAUAAAUGUCAGCUCACCACAGCUAAUAACAAAAAAUGUGCUAAUAGGAGCAGUACUCCUACUUUGAAAAUCAGUAAUGAGAUAUGAUUACGACAAGGCAUUGGAAAUUAAUCUGCUAGUUUUCUCACCUGAGUCAGGUUGUACAUGACGUUAUGUCCAAAGUACUUCCAAAUACAUGCUGCCACUAGAGGCUACUAAAGAGCCACUUUUACUGAUUUCACCUUUAAUGUUGAGUGAGGAAGGAUGCAUGCGCGAUUUACAUUGAGCACAAAUUGAUAGACGAAUAUAAGUAUGAUAACACAGUGCAACCGACCAGUGUGGGUGUUAUGCAGUGUGCUCACAAUGCCAUGCUGAUGCCAUGCCUAUUUUUUACUUUUUAUUUUCAUUGCAAUACCACCUCAAACUGAAUAAUGCCAUUACUAAAUGAUAUUUUGCUCAUAUAAAUAUAAAUAUUUACUACAGAGGGGGCAUGUUAAUUUGCCACUGAAUAGUGCAUCAUGUAGACGUUUUGAGUAGACUGUUGCAACUUCUGAGAGAUACAUGUAUAAAGUGGGACAGAGUCUAUGAGUAAUGAAUGGAUUUGCAUGAUUUUGGAAAUAAAACUUUAUUCA